AUGCCACUUAGGCCUGAAAUAAAUGAGAUUUUACGAAAUGCCAGUUUUGAUUGUAUUGCACAAUUAUGUCAAAUGCAUAUAAAUGGUGGCCUUAUAAAUGCACUUGUUAAACGUUGGAGACCAGAAUCACAUAUAUUCCAUCUUCCUUGUGGAGAAUGCACAAUAACAUUAGAAGAUGUUGCUAUGUUGCUUGGACUGCGAUGCAAUGGUAUAGCAGUUACUGGUUCUACUAAUCCAAAUACUUUGGCAUUGCAGAAUAUGUGUGAACAGUUACUAGGAAGUCGGCCCAAAUCAAAUGAUAUUGAAGGUUCUAAAAUAAGAUUAAAGUGGAUCACAAAACAACUUGGUUGGCUUACUGCUAAUUCAGACAUUAGGAUAGCACAACAUGCUCGAGGAUAUGUACUUUCUUUGCUGGGACAUAUUUUAAUGCCAAACAAGAGCAACUCCCCAGUACAUGGAAAAUUCUUACAACUGUUGGUAAAUGUCCAUGAAAUUAGAAUGUACAGUUGGGGUUCAUCAUGCCUUGCUCUUCUGUAUAGAGGUUUGGAUCGUGGUUCACGACAUGAUGCCAAAGAAAUUUAUGGAUGCAUAAUAUUAUUGCAGUUCAUGUGGCGACCAUAUGAGGAUGAAGCGAUUGAUGUCAUUGUUCCACAUGAUCUGAAAGGAGAACGUUUAUUGUGGUUAACUGUAAGCCCGUUGAUAUGCUUUGAGGUUGUAGAGUGGCAUGCAACUGACUGUGUAAUGCGGCAAUACAAUCAUUCAGAACAUACCGUGCACUGUGAGGAAGCUCUAGUCGUGUGUGGACAGAAUUAUUAG